GGGGUAAGAGAAAAAAGUGUGUAGUAGUAGGAGAGAUAAGAAGCAAAGUGUGUGUGUGUGUAAGUGUGUUUAGUAAGUUUUUAUUAUUGCAAAAACAAAGCAAUGUCACAAGAUUCUGAGGAGAUAAAGACCAUUGAACAGUGGAAAUGGUCUGAAAUGCAAGGCCUUGAACUUGUUGUCUCUGAAGACAACAAUCACACAAACAGCACCAACAGCACUAACACUCCCUCUAUUAAAGCCAACAACACUAAUAGUAGUGAUCAAUUUCAAGAAACAAAAAAAAUGGAGGUGAAAAAUGAAGAGGCAAAGCAAAGUAGUACAGCAAUAGUAGCAGUUAGUUUUAGUGAACUAUUCAGGUUUGCUGAUGGUUUGGAUUAUGUACUAAUGACAAUUGGUUCACUUGGUGCUUUUGUACAUGGUUGUUCACUGCCUUUGUUCCUUAGAUUCUUUGCUGAUCUUGUUAAUUCUUUUGGCUCUUAUGCUAAUGAUGUUGAUAAGAUGACUCAACAAGUCUUAAAGUAUGCAUUUUACUUUCUUGUUGUUGGUGCUGCAAUAUGGGCAUCUUCAUGGGCAGAGAUAUCAUGCUGGAUGUGGACUGGUGAAAGACAAACAACAAAAAUGAGGAUCAAAUACUUAGAGGCUGCUUUAAACCAAGAUAUUCAAUAUUUUGAUACAGAAGUUAGAACUUCUGAUGUUGUUUCUGCAAUUAACACUGAUGCUGUAGUGGUCCAAGAUGCCAUUAGUGAAAAGUUGGGUAAUUUCAUUCAUUAUAUGGCUACAUUUUUGUCUGGAUUUGUGGUGGGAUUUACAGCAGUAUGGCAACUAGCACUAGUUACUCUUGCUGUAGUUCCACUUAUUGCUGUAAUUGGUGCAAUCUACACUAUGACAUCAGCCAAAUUGUCGAGUAAAAGUCAAGAAGCACUGUCAAAGGCAGGGAACAUUGUUGAACAGACAGUAGUUCAAAUUCGGACGGUAUUGGCGUUUGUUGGUGAGUCGAAAGCAUUGCAAGCAUAUUCUGCAGCACUUAAAGUUUCUCAGAAGAUCGGAUAUAAGAGUGGAUUUUCGAAAGGAUUUGGACUUGGAGCGACGUAUUUUACUGUAUUCUGUUGUUAUGCUCUUCUUUUAUGGUAUGGUGGCUAUUUAGUUAGGAAUCAUUUCACUAAUGGAGGACUUGCCAUAGCGACGAUGUUUGCAGUCAUGAUAGGUGGACUGGCUUUGGGACAAUCUGCUCCUAGCAUGACUGCAUUUGCAAAGGCCAGAGUUGCAGCUGCCAAGAUUUUCCGUAUCAUCGAUCAUAAACCAAGCGUCGACAAAAAUGCUGAGACGGGUUUGGAGUUAGACACUGUUAGUGGCCAACUAGAGCUUAAAAAUGUCGAUUUCUCCUAUCCUUCAAGGCCAGAAAUCAAGAUUCUCAACGAUUUCAACCUCAUUGUUCCUGCUGGAAAGACCAUCGCUUUAGUCGGAAGCAGUGGUUCCGGCAAAAGUACCGUGGUCUCUCUCAUCGAAAGAUUUUAUGAUCCCACCUCAGGACAACUUCUGCUUGACGGGAACGACAUAAAGACAUUGAAAUUGAAAUGGUUGAGGCAGCAAAUUGGUCUUGUGAGCCAAGAACCAGCACUUUUCGCCACGAGCAUCAAAGAAAACAUACUAUUAGGAAGGCCUGAUGCAACACAAAUUGAGAUUGAAGAAGCUGCUAGAGUUGCCAAUGCUCAUUCAUUCAUAAUCAAACUUCCUGAUGGCUUUGAUACUCAGGUAGGGGAGAGAGGAUUACAAUUAUCGGGUGGACAGAAGCAGCGGAUUGCAAUAGCGAGAGCCAUGCUUAAGAAUCCAGCGAUCCUUCUCUUAGACGAGGCAACUAGUGCUUUAGAUUCUGAAUCGGAAAAGCUAGUGCAAGAGGCUCUAGACAGGUUCAUGAUUGGACGAACGACUCUUGUGAUUGCUCAUCGUCUGUCCACUAUCCGGAAGGCUGACCUGGUGGCGGUGCUACAGCAAGGGAGUGUCUCGGAAAUCGGAAGCCAUGAUGAGCUUAUGAUUAAAGGAGAGAAUGGUAUGUAUGCCAAGCUCAUCAAAAUGCAAGAAGCAGCUCAUGAAACGGCUCUUAGUAAUGCCAGAAAGAGCAGUGCGAGGCCCUCGAGUGCAAGGAACUCUGUGAGCUCGCCAAUCAUCACUAGAAACUCUUCCUACGGUCGAUCACCAUACUCUCGCCGGUUGUCUGACUUUUCUACCUCGGACUUCAGCCUCUCCCUUGAUGCUGCAUACUCUAAUUACCGACAUGAAAAGCUUGCAUUCAAGGACCAAGCUAGUUCGUUUGCCCGGCUUGCAAAAAUGAACUCUCCUGAAUGGUCUUACGCUUUAAUUGGUUCUAUUGGUUCUGUCAUCUGCGGUUCUCUUAGUGCUUUCUUUGCAUAUGUCCUGAGUGCUGUUCUUAGCGUGUACUACAAUCCGGACCAUGCUUACAUGAGCAAACAGAUUGCGAAAUACUGUUAUCUUUUGAUUGGAGUUUCAUCAGCUGCACUCAUUUUCAAUACUCUACAGCAUUACUACUGGGAUGUAGUUGGGGAGAAUUUGACAAAACGGGUGAGAGAGAAAAUGCUGGCAGCCGUGCUUAAAAUGGAAAUGGCGUGGUUCGAUCAGGAAGAGAACGAUAGUUCAAGGAUUGCAGCAAGGCUCUCUCUGGAUGCCAACAAUGUUCGGUCAGCCAUUGGGGAUAGAAUCUCUGUCAUUAUGCAGAACUCAGCUCUCAUGCUAGUCGCGUGCACUGCAGGAUUCGUAUUACAGUGGCGUCUGGCCCUCGUCCUCAUUGGUGUCUUCCCCGUGGUUGUGGCAGCAACAGUUUUACAGAAAAUGUUCAUGAAGGGAUUCUCAGGAGACUUAGAAGCUGCUCAUGCCAAAGCAACACAACUUGCUGGAGAAGCUGUAGCUAAUGUAAGAACAGUUGCUGCAUUUAAUUCGGAGACGAAAAUAGUAAACCUAUUCGACUCCAGCCUCCAGACUCCACUUAGGCGUUGCUUCUGGAAGGGACAGAUUGCGGGAAGUGGUUAUGGGAUUGCUCAAUUCUUGCUUUAUGCUUCCUAUGCGCUUGGCCUUUGGUAUGCCUCGUGGCUUGUCAAGCACGGAAUCUCUGACUUCUCGAAGACAAUCCGUGUUUUCAUGGUCCUCAUGGUUUCGGCUAAUGGUGCAGCUGAAACAUUGACCUUAGCCCCUGACUUCAUCAAGGGUGGCCGAGCAAUGCGUUCAGUUUUUGAACUCCUUGACCGUAAAACAGAAGUUGAGCCGGAUGAUCCAGAUGCCACGGCUGCCCCUGAUCGUCUUCGUGGUGAAGUGGAGUUUAAACAUGUAGACUUCUCAUAUCCCACUAGGCCCGAUGUGUCAAUAUUCCGUGAUCUAAAUCUUCGUGCUCGAGCUGGAAAGACUCUUGCUCUAGUUGGACCGAGUGGAUGUGGAAAGAGCUCAGUCAUUGCACUUAUAGAGCGGUUUUACGAGCCAUCAUCCGGACGUGUCAUCAUCGACGGCAAGGAUAUUCGGAAGUACAACCUUAAAUCUUUGAGAAGACACAUCGCCGUGGUGCCACAAGAGCCUUGCCUCUUCGCUACAACCAUCUAUGAAAACAUCGCGUAUGGACAUGAGUCAGCAACCGAAGCUGAGAUAACCGAAGCAGCAACCUUGGCGAACGCCCACAAGUUCAUAUCUGCAUUGCCUGACGGAUACAAAACAUUCGUUGGAGAAAGGGGAGUCCAAUUGUCCGGUGGACAAAAGCAAAGAAUCGCCAUUGCUCGUGCUUUCCUCAGGAAAGCAGAGCUAAUGCUGCUGGACGAAGCAACAAGUGCACUCGAUGCAGAGUCUGAAAGAUGUGUACAAGAAGCAUUGGAUCGCGCUUGUGCUGGUAAGACCACCAUUGUCGUCGCACAUAGGCUAUCUACAAUCAGAAAUGCACAUGUGAUCGCGGUCAUUGACGAUGGGAAAGUAGCAGAACAAGGUUCUCAUUCUCAUCUCUUGAAAAACCACUCAGACGGGAUAUAUGCGCGUAUGAUACAACUACAAAGAUUUACACAUGGAGAAGCUGUGAAUAUGGCGACAGGAUCAACGUCUUCUGCGCGUACCAAGGAAGAUCAAGAUUGACGAAAAGAACUCGAAUCGAAGCUCAAAAUGAAAUAGAAAAAAAAAAGGAGUAUACCUUGUGUAACACCCUUAUUAUUUUUUGGAACUGCUAAUUUCUUCUUCACUGUUUCUAGUAUAGUAAAGUAUAAUAUGUGCAUUAAUCCAAAAAUUUAUAUUUAUCCUUCAA